CUGAAGAAAGGUCUGAGGGAACUGAACGAUAAAUUUGAGUCGGAAGUUGUCCAAAGUUUAGGCUGAAAAAUGGGAAAGAAACAGCAUCAGAAGGAUAAACUGUAUUUGACUAACAAGGAAUGGAGAGAAGAAUGGGGUGGGAAGAAGGCAGAUGUCCCUGAAAAAGCAAGUUUUAGAAGGUUGCCAUUCUAUUGCUGUAGCCUUUCCAUGCAGCCAUUUGAACAUCCUCUUUGUACUAAAGAUGGUGUUAUAUUUGAUUUGCUAAACAUUGUUCCAUAUCUGAAGAAGUAUGGUAAAAACCCAGUCACGGGAGAGCCUUUGCAAGCCAAAGAGCUGACAAAACUAAAUUUUCACAAGAAUGCAGAGGAUAAAUAUCACUGUCCUGUUACAUUCAAGGUCUUUAAUAGUAACACUCAUAUUGUAGCUGUUAGGACAACUGGAAAUGUCUUCUCCUUCGAGGCUGUAGAACAGUUAAACCUUAAAACCAAGAACUUCAAAGACCUUUUGACAGAUGAAGCAUUUACUCGCAAAGACAUUAUUACUAUUCAGGUAAGCUUUACUAUUAGGACUGAAUGCCGUAGAAGAACUGCUAAGAACUUUUACCAUUUGCCUUCUCGGAUAGGACAAAUAAAUGGAGAGGAGGAAAAAGCGAAGAAUGACCCUAAGUACUACUUGAACAGAGCUAACAAAGACACCCUUGGUAUUCUGAGUGAACUGGAGAAAACUUACAAAGAACCUGAGAAGAAGAAUGCAGGGAAAGCGACUGAAUCACUCACAGAGAGGAAUGCUGCUCACUAUUCCACUGGUGCUGUAGCCAGCUCAUUUACAUCAACUGCACAAAUACCUGUCACUCAACAGGAGGCAGCUAUUGUUGAUCAGGAUAUAGUUAGAUACAGAGAAGUUAAAAAGAAAGGUUAUGUGAGACUACAAACAAAUCAUGGUGAUCUUAAUUUGGAACUUCACUGUGAAAUGGUUCCAAAGACAUGCGAGAAUUUCAUAAAGCUCUGUGCCUCUGGUUACUAUGACAACACAAUCUUUCACAGAUCCAUUAAGAAUUUUAUGAUUCAAGGAGGGGAUCCUACUGGAACAGGGCGAGGUGGCGAGUCGGCCUGGGGAGAGCCAUUCAGAGACGAGUUCAAACCCAAUUUGAUACAUCAAGGGAGAGGUAUUCUAAGUAUGGCAAAUUCAGGACAGCAUACAAAUAAAUCCCAGUUCUUUAUUACAUAUCGCUCCUGUCGUCAUUUGGAUGAAAAACAUUCCGUGUUCGGCAGAUUGGUUGGUGGGCUCGAAACAUUAAGCGCUUUGGAAAGAGUUGAAACUGAUGAGAAAGAUCGACCCAAGGAAGUGAUCAAACUUAUCAAGGCCACGGUGUUUGUGAAUCCUUUCGAAGAAGUGGAUGCAGUGCUUCAAAAAGAGCGAGAGAAAAAGGAAGAAGAAGAAAAACAACAGGAAGAAGCCGCCCGCAAAAAAGAAGCAGCUGCCACGCCAGCAGAAGCACCGAAGGUUUACCGGUCUGGAGUGGGGAAAUAUAUUAAACAGAAAACAGCCUCAAGGGAUGCUGAUACCGCUGACCUCACCCCGCAACAAUCAAAGAAGAAAAUUAAAGUAUCUGGGGGAUUCAAAGAUUUCAGCUCGUGGUAACACAAGGAUGGCAGCUCCCGACGAUAGUUUCUCUCAAUGUUGGCGGACAUUUCUUCACCACUCGCCUUUCCACGCUUUUGAAGGACGAAGGUUCCAUGUUA